CAAAAAGUUCUAAAAUAGAAAGUACUAGAAGCAGGAACCUUUCUUCACCCUCAAACAUAAAAUAAAAAACUUGAGAAACCAAAGGCCAAAGCUUGUCUGGUUCCAUUGCACUUCUCUUGCACAUUGUUAUCAUUACCAGUUUGCUGCUUCUCUUAGGGUUUUACAGUCCAUUCUUUCUUCUCCAUAACCAUGAGUCGUCAUCCUGAGUUGAAGUGGGCUGAAAGAGCUGACAAGGUUUACAUUACGGUGCUAUUACCGGAUUCGAAGAAUGCCAAGGUCAAUCUCGAGCCCGAGGGAGUGUUCACUUUUUCGGCUAAUGCCGGAGCUGACAAUAACCUUUAUGAAUUGAAGUUGGAUCUUCAUGAUAAGGUCAAUGUGGAGGAAAGCAAAAUUAGUGUAGGGGUUCGGAACAUCGUCUGCGUAUUGGAGAAGGUUGAGAAAGUGUGGUGGAAAAAACUAUUGCGCGGUGAUGGCAAGACUCCCCAUUAUAUUAAAGUCGACUGGGACAAAUGGGUUGAUGAAGAUGAAGACAAUGGUCCUGGCGAUGUUGACUUCGGAGGAAUGGACUUCUCGAGCUUUGGUAAUAUGGGAGGCAUGGACGGUGGCAUGGAUGACUCCGAAAACAGCAGCGACGACGAAGAGCAAGAAGUGACGAAGCCGGCAGAGCCGGACAGAAAGAUGGUGGACGGAAAUGCUAAGCCGGAGGAGCAAGGUGGCGGGGAUUCGGAAAAAAAGGAAGCCGAUGCAAGCACAUGAUCCGAUGUUAGCCAAGGAUAAAUGUCAAGUUGUGGUAAACCUUCUAGAAAGUGUGCUGUUUUAUGAACUGAUUCUCGCAUUAAUCAAAAUUUGAUCGACAAUCAUAAA